UCUAAUUUGGACCCUCUACGGCUCUACAAUCCAUUUGGGUUUUCAAAGAACUAAGUGGGCCAUGGGCGCAUGGCCACCGGUUUUUAACGACCUUCCCCUUCGCGCACUCUUCUGUUCUGAGCACCCGCGCAGCAUUCGUCUACUCGUCGGGUAGCUUGGUGUUCUUGUGUGGAGCUACCGAAAACUAGCCAAAAUGCAGAACGAAGAAGGGCAAAAUAUGGAUCUUUACAUCCCCAGGAAGUGUUCUGCCACGAAUAGGCUCAUUACAUCCAAGGACCAUGCUUCCGUGCAGAUUAAUAUCGGGCAUUUGGAUGAGAAUGGCAUCUAUACUGGUCACUUCACCACUUUUGCUCUCUGCGGUUUUGUCCGAGCUCAGGUUCUUGUUUUCCUUUCUAUUUAACUUGUUUUAUGAACUCUUGUUGCUAUAUUUGGUAAUUAUUUGCAUUUAGUGAUUUCGAUCGCCAUUGGAUUGAUGCUCUUUGGCAUUGCCUAAUUAUGUUGGUUUCUUUUUUUUUUUGUCUUUAGUAUUUAGUGCUUUGGUUUCAGGUCUUGCUCUCUAACAGUUUUGGCUUAGCCCUCUACUGAAAUGGGUAGGGGCGGGUUGCUAUUCAUUUAUUGCCAAGUAAGAGCUUAGAUUAUUGCUUUUCUUUCGUAGUUGAAUGGAUAAUAGGAUUGACAAGGAAACAUGGGGAAUAAAUAGACUGGGGUUAUUUGUUGGCUUCUGUGGAUAAAUGGAGGGCAAGAAACUUUACAAGGAAACAAAGGAUAUUUGGUGGAUUAGGUCAGUAGUUCUAUACCCUGCAAUUAAUUGUUCUGGCUUCGGGGUCUUGCCCCUCUCUGUCUACAAACAAAGUACAUAAUUGUGAUUGGAUUGUGGUAGAUGGUAGUUAUUAAUGGCUGUUUCUUAGCACCUUCUUAGGAAUUGAGUAACAGUAAAGUAUUUGAGGAUGCUGGAUUGAUCUAAGGACCUCUAAUGGUGUGAGAUUGCAUAUCUGAAUGAGUACUUCUCUAUCAAAUGACAUUUGAUUUGUAGGUUAACAUAGGAGGCAUAUCUUUGCACAAGCCGCAGCCCGCAGGCGAGCCAUGCCAUGCCACCCAGCACGGCCCGUUUCAAGAAAAGA